CGUUUCAUUUGAACACUCGCAACUCCCGCCUGGUUCGAAAAUUUUUGCACUCUUUUUAAUUUCGUGAAGCAGGACUGAUUUUCUGUUCGAGGCAGCUGUGCGAGUGAACCAGUAUGGACAUCCAGAGUAUUGAACCAAUGACACUCGGCUCCCCAACCUCCCCCAAGCCUGGGGCUCAGUUUUUACCUGGGUUUCUGAUGGGAGACCUUCCUGCUCCAGUUACACCUCAACCUAGGUCUUUUGGGUUGACGGGAGGUGGGGCAGAAACAAGGUCUCCUCUGCUGGCUGGGGGAUCUCCUCCACAGCCGGUUGUCCCAACACCUAAAGACAAGAGUGGAGCCCCUCCAGUCAGAAGCAUUUAUGAAGACCUCAACAGCUCUGGUGUGGGAAUGUCACCUCUCGCUGCUCGCAAACAACCAUUUGCUGGAGUGCAUACACCACUGUCUGGUUUACCAGGGACACCAGGGACAGCUUCAAAUUUGUUUAGCCCAGCAGGACAACAGAGGAAGAUGACACUUUCCCCAGCUCAAGUAGAUCCCUUCUUCACACAAGGAGAUGCUCUGUCCUCUGAAGACCAGCUGGAUGACACCUGGGUCACAGUGUUUGGGUUCCCUCCAGCAUCUGCUUCAUACAUCCUUUUACAGUUUGCACAGUAUGGAAACAUAAUUAAACAUGUAAUGUCUAAUACAGGAAACUGGAUGCACAUUCAGUAUCAGUCUAAACUGCAGGCACGAAAAGCUCUCAGCAAAGAUGGAAAGAUAUUUGGAGAAGCCAUAAUGAUUGGUGCCAAACCAUGUAUUGAUAAGAGUGUAACGGAAGUUUCAGACAAAUGCAGUACUUCCAGUUCUGUGUUCACACCCCCGCUGAAGGCUCUCUGCACCCCCAGUCACCCUUUAUCAACUCCGCGAUCUGUCAUGAGACCUCUCAGCUCUGCUUACAAUGCAUCCAGCAGUGACUACCAGGUUGUGUCAGAUCAACAGACACCAAAAAAGGAUGACAGUUUUGUGUCUAAGGCUAUGGAAUAUAUGUUUGGAUGGUAAUCUGUCAAAGGGUCCUGAUGGAAAAAAAACUCUGAAGCCAUCAACAGCCUCAGAUAUGUUGACACUGCUCUAAAAACUGACAUUGGGUUUUUCUCUGAGCACAAGUAAUGAAUACAAAAGCACUUUCUCAAUGUUUGUGGACUAAUUGACUUUGUGUGCUGUAUUAUGGAAGAUGGACUCUUGAAUUAUUUCAAUGGACUGCUUUCGGCUGCUGUAUUUGCUUUGGUAUUACUCCCUAAAACUGUCCUGAAUAUGGCUCAAAAUCUUAUGUUUUAAUUGAACAACCUGCUGGUGAGCAUUAAGUGUUUCAGGUCCAUCCAAAACAUGCAUUCUGCCAAAAAAGGCUUAAUCUCGGAAAAUUAUGUAUCCAAAUCAAGACACUCACCCAAAUGGGACCCUAUUGUGCAAAUAUCUUGAAUAUCUUGCUUGGCAUCGUACAUGGUUAUAGUCUGAUUUAUGUAGAAGAAUGGAUCUCACAAGAGAACAUUAUUGAUAACACCUUCAACUUUCUGAGAUUAAGGCCUUAAACUUUUCAUUGGUUUGUAUACUUCUGAUUUUAGGUUAUUGUGGGUUUUCACUAACUUGAUCAAUUAUUUUAAUAAAUCAGAAAAUCAAUUUUUAGAAGUGUCUGAUUUUGAAAAUAUCUUUUCUCUUUAAUAAACAACACUGUUUAACAAGAAACUGUAGUUUGUUGACUCUUAAGUGUCAUAUAUACUGAAUUAUUAACCAGUCAGGCAAAAUGAAGCUAAAACAUGAAGCUAAAUAAUUAGCUCUUUCUUCAGUAUUGAAAAUAUGUGACUAAUAAGCCUCAGUGUCAUUUAUGAUGGAGAGGCACAUUUUUUGUUUUUUUGCUAUUUUGUAAUAGGCUUAAUGUAAGACUUCUUGUGUUUAAUAAAUCUCUAAAGUAAUUCUGCAAAAUAACUGGAAUGUGAGUUCUUGAUUUUAUUUGCUAUUUUGUCAUCUCAAUAUUAAGGAAAUUUCAUAUGUGUACUUUGUGUUUUCUGAAUAAUUAUGUAUUUAGUAUUUGGAAGUGAUUAAUUUAUAGCUGACUCUUAAAUUCCAGUCUCUCACAGAACUGAAGAUUUUGGACAUGGUUUUAUGACAUGACUAAGCAGUUGAGCAUUGCAUGGCAUCAUAAAUAAAUGAGCAUCUGGUGUUUUUUAAAUGCAUGCCAUUUCCAAAACGGUCAUACAAUUAUUUCCUGAUGAAUACACAAUUUGCUCCUAUUUAUAGCUUCUCUUCCUUGAGUCAGACUUAAGACUACAAAUAUUAAAACACUUGAGACAUGAUUUUGACCUUAUCACAGUUGUGUAUGUCUUGCUCGAGUGGAUGCUAUGUGCAGUGAUUUGAAUCAUCUGAACUGUGAAGGGAAAAAUCCUAUUAUGUGUUAUAAUUGAAAACAAUUCUCAACCCAGGUACUGUAUAUUGUGUGCAAAUAGCCAAACAAGUUAAUCAUAUUUGAACCAUUUUGAUAGUAACAUCUAAAAUGUAACAAUACAAGCAUGUAGUUUGUUUCAAGUUUAUGUCUGUUCCUGAAUAAUUAUCCAUAGAUAAUUCGUGCUCACUAGGUAAGUCUAUCUGGAGUCACGAAGACAUCGACUAUUAAAGCAAACAUCAGCUACAACAACCAUAAUUUUUUAACAAGAGGACCCUGUGAAUGUUGCAUUUGUUUACAGUAAUCUUGUUCCAUCUUUCCUCAGUGAACAGGCAAUUAUUGUAUCUGUGUAUGAUACUGAAGUUAAAUGGCAAAAUUAAACUGCA